AUUCAAACCAGGCACAAAGAUUGCAGACGCACAGGCGAUAUGAACAUAAACACGGACCUUUGGCGUCACCCAGUGGUGAAACUCCGUCAUUACAGUCACGGCGCACUUCCGCUCCUCCGAGUCAACAAGGAAGUUCCUCCGAGUCCUCUCUCCUCAUCUCAAAUCAGUCACAGAUCGUUGUUUUUGAACAGGAAGGUGACCGAUCUCCGGUCACUAUGGCGAUGUCAACAUUUCAAAAGGUGACCCUCGCGACGUGCCUCGUGCUGUGCGUCGCGUUGCUGCUUCCCAAAAUCCUCUUAUCCCGCGGGAGGAAGGAUGCUGCUGAGCGGCCGGAGGGUUCGGGUCGUUUCCCUCCGAUGAUGCACCGUCAGGCGGCUCCAGAGAGCCGAGGCCAGAGGGCCGCGGGAUCCGGCUUCUCUAGGGCCCACAACCCCGAGGCCAUAGCCAAGGCCAAGGGAGCAGGAACCGGGACAGGGACCGGAGGCAAAUCCAACCUGGCAGGGCAAAUCAUCCCUGUGUACGGCUUCGGGAUUCUAUUCUACAUCCUCUACAUACUGUUCAAGAUCACGUCUAAGGGGAACAGUAAGCCAUCAGAGAGCAGGUUUCCUUCCGUCCGGUCAGAGAACAUGAAGAGAAAGAUCACCGACUUUGAGCUGGCUCAGCUGCAGGAGAAGCUGAGGGAGACGGAGCUGGUGAUGGAGAAUAUUGUCUCCAACGCCCACCACAGUCCUGACAGGCUGAAGGCGGUGACGGCGGACCAGGAGGAGAGUCUCCUGCAGCAGCUGACGGAGAUAACGCGAGUGAUGCAGGAGGGCCAGCUGGUGGAGGGGAUGGCUCCAGAGAAGAAGCCUCAGGACGACUGGGACGAUUAUCUGGAGGAGCCUCAAUCCUACUGGGGACACUCCGGCUGCUGCUGUCAGCACAGUCAGCAGACAGGAGCAGAGCGGACGGGCUCCGAUGAGGCCGACCUGGUGGAAAACCUUCCUGAGGACGUCACAGGUCCCGUGGGGGGAGAAGAGGCCGGAGUAACAGAGGAGCAGAGUGAAGAUGCUGGGAGAGAAGCUGGCUCAGCGGCAGUAAGUGAGGAAGAUGUGACGCCAGAGAGAGAUUUAAACGAGAAGGUGCAGACGGAGGGAGGGGCUAACAUUGAUCUGGGUGUCCCUGAGGAGGACUUGGCCGGAGUCCUGCACGAGCUGGAGCUCACGUUGAAGAUGACGUCCAUGAUGGAGCGGGAAAAGGUGGAGGACUUCAUCCGGCCGACAGAGACGGAAACACAGUGCAGCUUAGUCAGACGGAGGAACAAGAGGAGGAGGGCAAAGAAAGCCGCACACUGACUCUAGAACGAUCCACGGGAACUGAAGCCUCGGUCUGGUUUGUGAGGGCACAUCCAGUCCGUUCUCCCCGGAUGGGCAGUAGCAUGAAAGCUGGUGGUAGCAUGAAAAUGAAUCACCAGCAUAGUUUAGCUAUACUUGAAGUGAAUAAAUGAGAAAAUGUGUGUAGAGGGCACAGCCUAAUAUCACUAUGGUCUUAAAAGGAGACCCUGUUAUAAUAUAUAACGCUUACUGCCUGAUAACGCCAGUCUGCAAAAUGUAGAAAUUCAGCAAGUUUUUAUUGAAUGGUCAGUGCUGCUAAGAAAAACGCCAAGAACCCAAUCAAACAAUUGAACAGGAAUAUUAUACUUGCAAAUUUGUUUAUUUAGGAAAAUCAACCAGUAUUACAUGUCUCUGAGUUGCAAAACUAAUAAGUGCUUCUUAUCAAUUUAAUGAGACUCGGGUGUUGUUUAGUGGCUUGUUUUGUUUAAAACUGACCAGGGAUUCGUCUCAGUCAGCAUAUGUUUGUGGAUGUGUAUGUGGAGUUUGGAACAGACUAAAUUCAGAAUUAUACCAGGUUAAUUCUAUAAGAAGAUGUCCGUCAGCUGUAUGUUAAGAGACGCUGGGUAACGCAAUAAGAUGACAACCCCAAGCACCCAAGUCACUCUACAAGAGAAUAGUUAAAGAAGAAAAAAGUCAAUGUUUUGAAAUGUCAAUUCCGUAUGGACCUUAAGCCAAUAGAAUUUCUGUGGAAGGUCCUGAAGCAAACCGUUGAUGUGAGGAAACCUUCCCAGCAUCUAAGACCUGAAGUGGUUCUGUAUGAAGGAGUGGGCUAAAUUAGCCCAGCUGCUGAAGGUGACUGAUGAACCGUUAGUGGAAACAUUUAGUUUAGUCUCAGUUUGCUGAGAUUGCUACACAGGAAUUUUCUUGAAUAAACAAAUACACAAGUAUAAUAUUAAUUUUUAAUUUGAUCAGGUUCUCAUUGCCUACUUUCAGGACUUGUGGGACUUGCGCUGCUGUUUUGGGUCAUUUUUUUGCAGAAAUGUAGAAAAUUCUGAAUGGAGAACUUUUUGAGCAGCACUGUAUUAUGAGUUCCCAGGACUUUAAAAAGAUCUGACGUCACAUUUCGUGAAAAGGUGGCCGCCAGUGCACAAACACACUGGUUUUUAUCACAUUCCAUCUGUUGGAGCUUUUCUCUCAGACACAUCUUUUUCUUUUAAGCUGAUCUAGCAUCAUUCACAUCAAGUGCUCCAAGCAGAAGCGGAUUUAAAUUGUACAAAGAAUAAACACGUAAGAAUUAGAUCAAACGUGGGAAGGGUUUAUGCUGAACUUGCAAAUAAAUAUUAGCACAAUACUUAGUGUAAUUCACUGGGACAGAUGUGCCUUUUCUCACCUUAGUCACCAACAACAAACACUCAUAUAAAACCUGGUGUGACCUUUACAUCCAAGGAGAAUCGUGGAUUUCAUUUGACACAAUAUUUAGAAACGGCUAUUAUAUGAACUGUGGUAAAAUGAAGAAAGGGGGUCAACACUUGUUCUAUUUAAGCUUUCACAAAGUUGUCACUAUAGCAUGUGAACAUGCUUAAAAUGUUUAAAAUACUGUGAAUAAGUUAAUAAAUUCUUUUGGGUCCAA